UGCACUGUGUCCCUCAGACACAGCGGAUCACCGAUCCACGGAAAGAGCCGAAGAUGUCGGCUUGGUCAUGUGAUCAGCUGUGUCCAAUCACAGCUGAUCACAUGGCACUGAUGAUCAGUGUGCCCUGAUGAUCAAUGUAGCCCCAGCAGUGCCACCUGUCAGUGCUCAUCAUUGCCUUGUGUCAGUGCUCAUCAGUGCCACAUGUCAGUGCCACAUCAAUGCCACAUAUCAGUGCCUACCAGUGCACAUCAAUGCCACAUAUCAGUGCCCAUCUGAGCUGCCUUUCAGUGUCACCCAUCAGUGCCGGACAGUGCCACCAAUCAGUGCCACCUAUCAGUACGCAUCAGUGACGCCUAACAGUGCCAGUCAG